AUGUGGGCCGACACACUAGCGAUAUAUGUGAUGUGGAUGAUGAUGCUUUACUUAACAAACGUUUGGAAACUUGGGCUCACUCAAGCCGCCGGAAUCAUAAACAUCUUCACAGGAGCAUGGACAAUGAUGCUUAUACCUAUGCAAUACUUCGUGGACGCAUUCAUGGGAAGUUACUUAAUCUUACUUCUCUCAAGCAUCUCUUACAGUCUUGGUUUGGGUUUUUUAUGGAUGUCAACUCCCCCAAUUCUGGGUAAAUCCCACGGUCUUUGCGGCGAAUAUCUGCCAGAAUGUAUAGGAGAUGAACAGAGAGUUCUAUUCUAUGCCGGUCUUGCAUUGAUAGCUGUUGGUCUUUCCGGUCACUGUGCUUCUUUGAGUCAGUUUUCGGCUGCACAAUUCACUGAAGACAUGCUUGAAAACAUGACCGGUAAAUCGUUUUGUGUCAUGUUUUUAUUCUCGUACAUGGCGACACUUGUUCCAUUUGGGUCGGUUAUUGCGAUAUCGUACGUGAAGGCUUGGUCGUUUAGGUUUGGGUUGGCUGCUUUGUGUACGGUGGUGGGUACGUUAGUGUUCUUGGCUGGUUCGUGCUCUUAUAACUAUAUUGGACCUCAAGGGAGUCCUUUGACAACUUUCUUUAGAGUGUUCUAUGCUGCCGUUUCUAAGAUUUUCUAUAGACGACCCAAGAAUGCUAAUGAUCUAUAUGAAAUACCUGAUCUUGAUGAACAUCAAUUCAUCCCACAUAGUCGUAGCCUCAGGUUCGUCUCUUAUAUUUCUUUGUCUUAA